GGGGCUUUCUGGCCGCGUCAUCGAGCAGGAACCGGCCGGUUUAAGUUUUCAACGAGCGGGUUGUGCUUUCACGCCACAGCACAGGAGCGCGUGUGUCGCGUGACGCUCAGGUCUCCCGGUUGUCGGUCGGUCAGAAGCGGUUUUCCGCUCGCAAGGAGGUUCUCCGUCGGUGUUGUUUCUCGGGCCCACGCGACGGAGAGAGCACUUAACUGGUUCCGCACCUCACGAGCUGUGGUGUCGCAGUCUUUUAUUGUUUUGUUUUUAAAGGAGGCAUCAGAGCGACAGAUUUUACGUGUGUGUUCAGGGAGAAAAAACCACAUUCAUCGUCUCGAAGAACUAUGGAACUGUCACUGGCCCACCCGGCCAUCAAAGCCUUUGUGUGCGGCUCCGUCAGUGGGACCUGCUCCACUCUGCUCUUCCAGCCUCUGGAUCUGGUCAAGACCCGGCUGCAGACUCUGCAGAGCGGCGUGCAGCCCGGCUCGGGCAGAGUGGGGAUGAUGGCGGUGCUCCUGAGCGUGGUGCGGACUGAGAGGCUGCUGGGACUGUGGAAAGGAGUUUCACCGUCCUUUGCUCGGACCAUCCCGGGAGUGGGGCUCUACUUCAGCACCUACUACUCUCUGAAGCAGCACUUCUUCCAGGACAGCAGCCCGGGGGCCGUGGGGGCCGUGCUGCUGGGAGGCGGGGCCCGGACGGUGGCAGGCGUCGCCAUGCUGCCAGUCACUGUCAUCAAGGCGCGCUUCGAAUGUGGCAGGUACAGUUACGGCAGCGUGACCGGAGCUCUGCGCAGCGUGUGUCGGACUGAAGGUCCCGCGGCUCUGUUCUCCGGCCUGGUGGCCACUCUCCUCAGAGACGUCCCGUUCUCUGGCAUCUACGUCAUGUUCUACAGCCAGACCAAGGCCUCGCUGUCGAAAGAAAUCAGCACGUCUGCCUCCGCCCCCCUGGCGAACUUUAGCUGUGGCCUCCUGGCGGGGGUGUUGGCCUCCCUGAUCACGCAGCCGGCUGACGUGGUCAAAACGCACGUCCAAGUGAACUCGCAGCUGAGGACGGUCGAGGCAAUCCGAUGCAUCUACAUGGAACACAGACUCCAGGGGUUCUUCAGAGGGGCCGUUCCGCGGGCGCUGAGAAGGACCAUGAUCGCCGCCAUGGCGUGGACGGUGUACGAGCAGAUGAUGGCCCGUUUUGGACUGGAGUCCUGAAAGGAGGGUGCAGGGGGGCGUAGAAGCGUUUGAAAGAGAGAAGAGCUCAAACUUGAGUCGAGUGAAGACGGUAAUGUGAACAGGAGUUUAGGAUAUAUUUCGCCACAACACAAGAGAUGCACUCGUUCUCUAAAGACUAACGGGAUCGUCACAAAACGGACGAGGAGACAUUGCUCCAUGGAAUGUGCUCUGCUGGCUUAUGGCUGAUGUUCAGAAACCAGAUUUAGUUUAGCCAGUGCUUUGUAAGUCUUGAAAAAGUAUUACUUUAUUUUUUAAAUACCACUGGCAUGAUGUGAUGAUUGCACAUCAAUAAUUGCGACCCUCUGCGAGUAUUUGGUCGAUUCCGAAACGCCUCGGCGGGAAUUCCUGUGUCUCCUGCUUUCCCGGUUGUGAUCUCGACGAGACUGCAGAGACACGAUCCACCAUUCCUCAAGACAGAUACAGCUGAUACAGUUGCAGCUCAGGCCUCUGCAGUGCACUUUGACCCCUGCAGUUCUGUCGCACGCACAGUUUACGACCAGGAGACUCAUGAAUGCCUCUCCAAUAACACAAUGUUGUUUUAUAUUCUUUCUUUCUUUUUGUAAAAUAAAAUAUGUUCUUGUGUAUGACCUCAUUA